AGGAUUUCCAACAGGUUAUGGGCCCCGGCACGAUUAGACUCUGAUUACGGUAUCUCGACUUCUUAAUUCGCCCUCAUUCAUUACCUACUAUGAGUAGCGUGACAAAUGCUCUGAUCGCACGAUCAAAGGGAUCAAGCGGCCUGAAGCAGAACAUCGGAUGUCACGCAUGUGGCAAGACUGGCCAUAUUAGUCGUGAUUGUCGCACAAAAUGGAACAAAAGUGCCGAUGCUGCAAAUAUUGUGCAGAGCGACGAUGAAGAAAUGGAAUAUGCCUUUUGAGGCAACUUUGGUGGAAAAUUGGUUAUAUCUUUGUGAAUUCCCUUAAGCCCCUUGGUAGGAAUGUGUUUCUGCUG